AUGGUGACCAGCAUGACAGACCGCAGCUAUGUGCGGUACGAGGACAAGCAUCUCUGGGAGCGCAUCCCGCCCGGCGAAGCAGACGACAUCGAGGCUUGUGCCGACCUUAUCAAUGAGAUGCAGCGCGCCGUGUAUAACAAAGCCAGACAUGCAUACACAGGCACGCACUGCCGCACACAAGGCAUCAUUCAUGGCACGCUGACCACAGAGCCCAACCUCCCACCUCACCUACGCCAGUCUCUCUUCGCCGAAGAGCGCUCCUAUCCCUUUGCCGCACGUUACAGCACCGAAACCCAGGACCCAGGCAUCGACGACCGAAUCCCACAACCCCGCGGCCUCGCUCUCAAACUCUUCUCCGUCCCAGGCACCAUGUUCCCCGACACGCCGGGCACCGACCUGCCCACCCAAGACAUCGAAUUCAACUCGACGCCCGCCAUCGAGCUAUCCGACGCGCGCACGACGCGCGAAAUCCUGACCCUGCGCCGCAAACACGCCAACAAUCCCCAAACGGAGCUCGACAAGGAUCUCUCGCAGCGGCCCGACGCCGACCUGCAAAAGGCGCGCGACCAGGUCCCCAACACGCCCCUGCAGGGCCUGACCUGGUACUCGCAGACGGCCUACCGCUUCGGCGACCUGAUCUGCAAAUACCGCCUCGUGCCAGACACAGCCGCACAGACCGCGGCGGCCGCCGAGCAAGAAAUCUCCUCCUCCCCAAGCGACGACGACGGAACAGCUGAUCUGGGCCCCACAGCCCACAGCGGCCGCCUCUCGGCCUUCCACCUCGCGCACGCCGCGCGCUGGCUCUUCCAAGUCCAACUCCUCUCGGACCCCGCGCGACAGAGCGUCGAAGAUGGCGGCGCGCCCUGGGACGAGUCCCAGUUUCCGUGGCAGACGGUCGCGCGCGCGUCAGCUCCGAGACAGCAGAGUUGGGACUACGGCCUCAAAGCGUUCUGGGAGGAUCGGAUGCGGCUGGAUCCGUGGCAUGGGCUGCUGAGUUUGGAGCCUGUGGGAGGCGCGAAUCGGUUGAGGCGCGUGGUGUAUCCGAGGAGUAGUGGGUUGAGGAGGGCGUUGAAUGGGUAUGAGGGGGGGAAAGGGGAGGUGCACGUCAGGGCGUUGGGGGAGGUGUUGGCGCAGAGGUCCGGGGUGGAGGAGGGCGGGAAAAGGACGGAUAAUUAA